CUACCACAACCACCAUACUUGUUUUCCAAAGAUUUUCUUUCUUCUCUCUGUUCUUUUUGGGGGACUGAUUCUUAAAGUUUGUGUAGAGCUGUACUCUGAAAGCAGAGAACUGAUAUUUCUGGUGGAUUAUCUGUGGCUAAGUUAAGAGAAUACGUUAUGGGAGAGGAGGAAGCCAGUGCCUCUGAACCCCAGGAGAUGAAGCAGCCUGUUAAAACAGACAUGGAGGAUCAUGCAGCCGCACCACAUAAUCAUGAUGCAGCUGAAGAGAAGAGCGUGAUGAUCCCUGCGCCUGAAAAAAUUACCGCAGAAGAACCAGUUAAAGAGAAAAGUGCAAACAACAGAGAUUCUGCGCUUGCAAGAGUUGAGACAGAGAAAAGACUAGCUUUAGUUGAAGCAUGGGAGGAAAAUGAAAAGGCAAAAGUAGACAACAAGGCACAUAAGAAGAUAUCUGCCAUUGAAUCAUGGGAGAACGCCAAGAAAGCUGCUGUAGAAGCACAGCUAAGGAGCUUUGAGGAAAAACUGGAAAAGAAGAAGGCAGAGUAUACUGAGAAAAUGAAAAACAAAGUGGCUGAACUCCAUAAGGGAGCAGAAGAAAAAAAAGCGAUGAUAGAAGCCAAGAAAGGCGAAGAGUUUCUCAAGAUAGAGGAGACAGCAGCCAAAUAUCGUUCAACUGGAUAUACACCAAACAAGUUUCUUGCAUGUUUCAGCACUUAACAUCUUCAACUGACGUUUAAUAGGAGGAUAUUUU